CGUGCUCUACUCACCAUUGUGCUGCCCCUGCAUUGGCCUCGUACGUUCACCCGCUAAGCACUGACGUUCAGAUGGUGGGCAACACGGUCACUUGUAAAGGGCCAUCAUCCUUGGACGGCAGGAUGCGAGAGGGUCAACAAAUUUGCGAAGAGGUGACACGUGUAUGCUGCAGGCUGGAAGAGGAGGCAAGGCUCCUUGCUAUGGAGCUGAAAUUAGCUGGGUUGCCUGUUUGCUCUGCUGCCGCGGGAACAGCCGCCAUAGUUCGCUUGGCUGAUGAUUGUCACUGUGACAGUGAUUAUCUGGGCUUGAACCCUUCAUGCAGUGGAAGAGAUCCUCUGGAUAAAGACGAGAACGAGGGUCCUGAUGAUCGUGUUCAGCUCGACUCUGAGCGGAUGCCGCUCAUGACAACACCAGACAAUGAGAAUGUGACUGCUUCAGCUCGAUGUGCCGCUCAUCAGAUUAGCAGGGAUCCGCCCUAUCGCACAGCGCUUGCAAAUCAGAAGCUGUCGAAUAGUGCGUAUUCCAAAUGUGGCACUGAUGAACUCGGAAACCUAGCAGCGUCCAUGUUCGACGGAUGUGUGGAUGUGAUGGAUUGGUCUGACAUGGUUUGCGUGGAGGCAUCACAAUCACUCACUCCUCCCAAAGACGCCUGCCUGGAGGGGAUUAAUUACUUUCUUCCAGUGGACUCUUGGGAGCUCAAGGAACAGCUGAAGCGAAGAUAUGGAGACUACAUCCAAGGGCUGGAUAUGGAGUCCGUCAGGAGGAAGAAGAAGGUGGCGCUUCCGGCUGCAGCUAUCCACAUCCUCAAGGAAUGGUGGAAGAACCAUCUCGAUAAACCUUACCCAACAGAGAUGGAGAAGAGGGAAAUGGCCGUGGAGGGAUUGUUGACGAUGAAGCAGAUAAACUACUGGUUCAUAAACCAAAGAAAACGACACUGGUUGAAGAAGGCAAAAAGAGGGGAAAAGCCCAAGCACAAUGAGUGACUGAUGGGUUUUCGGCUUUUCCACACUUAGUCCACUUUGUGCUGUUGUGAUGUGGCCAGCUCG